UCAUUCUCUUUAUUGUUGUUUUGACUAUAAAUAAGUGGAAAUAUAUUGAAAGAUUCUUUCUUUUCACCAUUGACUAGAAGAUUAGCUUUUAUGUAUGUUUGUGUUAUUAUAUAAUUAUUAUCCCAAGUGAAAUAAAAAUGUAAACAAAAGAUAAGAAAAUAUCAUACAAAUGAAUACCACCAAGAAAAUGUUAGUUGCAUUUGUUCUCACUGUUCUCUUGGUCAUAUCUUCUGUUCACUGCUCCGAUGACACUCGUGGUUUUGGCAUAACGGAAAAGGAAAAAAGAUGCUUUACACCAUAUAUAUGUACAAGGGGAGAGCAAUAUUGCCAGGUGUUUUGUUCAGGAUUAAGUAGUGUAUUGCUGGGUAAAUGUAUUUCUGGUAUAUGUUGUUGUAUUUUGAACAAAAAAUAAUCUAAUCAA